AUGGCGAAAGCUGGUUGCUUUAGCAGCUUCCUUGAAAGCUCCAAACCCUAUUUUGCAAUGAUCUCUCUUCAAUUCGGCUACGCCGGAAUGAAUAUCAUUACCAAAGUCUCUCUCAACAGAGGAAUGAGCCACUAUGUUCUUGUGGUUUACCGCCAUGCCUUUGCCACUGCUGUUAUAGCCCCCUUCGCCUUCUUUUUUGAGAGGAAGGCUCAACCCAAAAUUACUCUCCCAAUUUUCAUGCAAAUAUUUGUCCUCGCUCUUCUCGGGCCGGUGAUUGACCAGAACUUCUACUAUGCUGGGUUGAAAUAUACGUCUCCGACAUUCUCUUGUGCCAUGAGCAACAUGCUCCCGGCGAUGACUUUCGUCAUGGCCGUCAUAUGCAGGAUGGAAAAGCUAGACAUGAAGAAAGUAAGGUGUCAAGCGAAGGUAGUGGGAACCGUAUUGACAGUGGCUGGGGCCAUGUUGAUGACCUUAUACAAAGGCCCCAUUGUAGAGAUGUUGUGGUCCAAAUAUAUUCAUCCACGAAAAUCUUAUGUCACAGACACCACUGGAACUGGUGACAAGCACUGGUUUUUGGGCUCCAUUCUCCUCACCAUUGCUACUCUUGCCUGGGCUUCUUUGUUUGUUCUACAAAACAAGGCGUUGCAGACCUACAGGAAUCAUCAGCUGUCUCUCACAUCAAUGGUGUGCUUUAUUGGCACUCUGCAAGCUAUUGCUGUUACCUUUGUGAUGGAGCACAAACCCUCUGUCUGGAAAAUUGGCUUUGACAUGCUGCUGCCUAUGCUGUAUGGGAUUGUCACAUCAAGCAUUUCAUACUAUGUGCAAGGGCUAGUGAUGAAGACAAGGGGGCCUGUAUUUGCAACUGCUUUUAGCCCUUUGAUGAUGAUCAUUGUAGCAAUCAUGGGCUCCUUCAUCUUGGCAGAACAAAUAUUUCUUGGAAGUGUGCUCGGAGCCGUAUUGAUUGUCUUUGGCCUUUACUCAGUCCUGUGGGGAAAACACAAAGAAGGAUUGGAGAUUAAAGAGGAGAUACCGGAGGUGAUUAAAGGUUCACAUGUCAACGGCGUAUCGAUGUCGACCAUUAACGGAGAUGCUGAAGCUAACAAGCUCUCCUCAGUUGCUAUUUCGAUGCCCAUCCCAGAACCCGGCAUGAAAGCCAACCCAAAGCCAAGCGCCUAA